AUGGCUCGCCCAUCUCAAAAUAAGCAUCCAGCAGCAACAUCUACUGAGCUGCCCACCCUACACUGGACACCUUCCAUCAAAAGGUCAAUCACCUCGUACUCCAUGCCUCGCCAAAAAGACCCCCUAGUGUCGAGCUUUGGCAACGCCACCGAUGCCACAAAUGACAAAAUCCGCGAUUACCAUCACCAAGUCAAAGCAACUCUCACAAACAUUCUCAAUGACGACCGAAUGAAGCAUAAUCCCAGUGGAAGCCGUUGUGUGCAGAAGAUAUUGUUGGAAAACGAGCAAGAUAUGCGAAAACAACGGAGACAUUCGCUCAGUGCAUGUCCUGCUAGGCGAACUAUGCUAUUUUAA